AUGAAGAGGCUGCAGAAAGAGAUAAGGGAUUCUUUAGAGAGUGCGGCUGCUACACUUCUUCAGAGUGACAAAGAACACAAUCCGACCCAAGAUGCAUGGCUUAACAAGAUACACCACUGGCUAUCGGCGCCAGACCCCUCUACAAACUACCAGAAAGCGCUCAAGCAGCGACAGCAUAACACGGGCCUCUGGUUCCUGGAGGGCGAACGGUAUGCGAGAUGGAAGACAGACACUGCGUCGUCUCUGUGGCUGUACGGCAUCCCGGGCUGCGGCAAGACGAUCCUGAGCUCGACCAUCCUACAGGACCUUCUCCAGCACCGCGACAGUAAUCCUAGACAUGCAGUUGCAUACUUCUAUUUCGACUUCAACGACGUGCAGAAGCAGGACGCCGAGCCAAUGCUGCGCUCACUAAUCUGCCAACUCUCGCGUCAGGCUAUUGACGUCCCUGCAAGUCUUGACGCCCUCUUCUCCUCCUGUGAGGACGGAAAACGACAACCGUCGCUCGAUGCACUCCUACAGGUAGCGUGCCGAACGAUGCAGCAGUUGCCACAAGUCUACGUCAUGCUUGACGCAUUAGACGAGUGCGCCCAGCGUACCGAGCUGAUGGAAAUGCUCGAGACCAUCACUGGCUGGCAGUUCCGAAACAUGCAUCUGAUCGUGACAAGCCGGCAAGAGCGAGAUAUCGAGAGCUCACUCGAAGGUUUUGUGGAUGUACGGAACAGUAUCUGUCUCCAAAGCGACAUAGUCGACAAAGACAUACAGCAGUACGUUCGGCAGAGGCUUUCUGACGACAAGGGCUUGAGCAAGUGGGGCAAAGACGUCUUCCUCCGGCAAGAGAUCGAGACGGCUCUGAUGGAAGGUUCCAAGGGAAUGUUCCGAUGGGCCGUGUGCCAGCUGGACACGCUGGGCAAGUGUCGCAACCGAGCAGACCUGCGCAAAGCACUGGCAACACUACCGCCGACACUGGACAAGACGUACGACCGGAUCCUAUGUGCCAUUGCUGCAGAAGAUGCCGUGUACGCCGUCCGCGUGCUGCUAUGGCUGGCAUUCUCAGAGCGACCGCUCACGGUAGACGAAGUCGCAGAGGUGGUCGCUAUCGACGUGGCACGCGAUCCUGCAUUCAAUCGAGAUGAGGUGCUCGAAGACCCUCUGGAGGCCCUAGACAUCUGCUCUAGUCUUGUUACCAUCGCAACAGACAACGGUAACGGAAGGCUGCAGUCAACCAUGCAAGUCGUUGUGCUUGCACACUACUCCGUCAAGGAGUACCUCGUCUCCGACAGGAUCCAGCGAGGCCAGGCAGCGCGAUACAGCAUGCAACCUGCGGCGUGCCACAGUACGAUAGCUAGAGCGUGUCUGGGAUACCUUGGUCAGUUCCAGAAGUCCGAACCCAUGAUGGAGGAUACGUUGGGCGAAUGCAAACUAGCACGGUACUCGGCGGAGUUCUGGUUGAGCCACGCACAGAAAGCAGGGGAUCGAGCAGCGGAAACGAGCCAGGCUGCACUUCAUCUGCUGUCAAGGGACAAUGCUGCGUACUUGAACUGGAUUCGAAUACAUGAUCCGGAGAGACCCUGGAGCGAGCCCGAUCUGGGAAGAAGAUUAGAGGAAACGCCAGCUCCGUUGUACUAUGCAGCACUCUUUGGUUUACAAGAAGUGGUAAGCCUGCUGAUUGAUGAGAGCGCCGACGUCGACGUGCAGGGUGGACACUACGGCAACGCACUCCAAGCGGCUUCAUGGGAAGGUCACGAAGCGGUGGUGAGGUUGCUGCUCGAUAAGGAUGCCGACGCCAACGCGCAGGGUGGAGUCUACGGGAACGCACUCCAGGCUGCUUCAGCUAAAGGACACGAGCAGAUUGCGAAGUUACUACUUGGUGCUCAUGCUGCGGUCAACGCCCAGGGUGGACACUACAGCAACGCACUGCAUGCCGCUCUUGUAGGCACACAUGAAACCACAGUCAGAAUGUUGCUUGAAAGAGGUGCCAAUGUUGGUCUGGACUUACGGUUGAAAGGCGCCAUGCAUCAUGCUCUGAACAAUGGAAGUUGCAUGCCUUCGCUGGUCCGUGUGCUGCAGCAAUAUGGCGCUCCAUUAGACACAAUCGACGUUGAUAACAUGACUCCGUUGCAUUAUUGCGUAAAAUUCGGAUACAAGACCAUGGCGAGGCAACUCAUCGAUGCAGGAGUACCGAUUGACUCAAGAGUUCAUCGACAGGCAUGGCCUAGCGAAGUCAGCAAAUCAAUCUCUGGUAAAGAGGAAUCUAUGCUUCCAGCUUCAGGAUCAGUCGCAAACGGUCUGACUCCUCUACACUUCGCAGCUUUGACUGGCAAUCUUACGAUGACUAAGUUCCUUCUUGAGCAUGGUGCCGACCCCAAUGCUCUUUCUGACUAUGGCGAAACUCCUUUACAUCUUACGCUACGCACCACGCUUUUUGGAACGAGAUAUCAAGAUGAUUGGACGGAUUCGUAUCUCAGGGCAGAAAGUCUACAGGAUUUCUUGGACUUCGAAGAAGACGAUGUUGAUGCCGUCCUUGCGGAGAUCUCUCUCAAGCGUGAAGGGGUGCUCGAUGCACUGCUUUCAGAUCCUAGGAUUUCUCUUACAGUAACGGAUUGCAAAGGCGAAAGUCCUCUGCACUGCAUCCAAUACGGGAAACCGGAAACUGCGACCUUGGUCCAAAACUUAGUCUUGAGAGGAGCGGAUCCGUUCAAUCGCAACUUAAGUCAACAGAGCCCGUUGCAUUUUGCCAGUAAAGCUGGUGAUCAUGUAUCAGUUAGAACCCUGCUCCUUUUGGGUGCGAAAGUGGCAUUGACGGAUGAGCACGGCCUCAAUGCACUCCAUUACGCAGCUCAAAGUGGAAAUCACGAGACCAUAAUCGCUAUUCUGGAGACAGAAGAGGCGAGGGAAGUCAACCUUGUAGCGUUGAAGGACAAGUGUGGACAGAACGUGCUCCACCAUAUGUUAUCCACAGACUCCAUAAAGUACGUAGAGACGGUACGGUCGCUACUUGAUCAGGGGGCGGACGGUUCAGAGCUUGAUAAUUCUGGGAUUUCCCCUCUAGCAAGAUUCAUCAAAAGCUCCAUGUUGCGAAUCGAUUUCGAGAUCUGCAGGUCGCUCCUUGAGAUCAAGGGUAAUGUGUCGUUUGUCGACUGUGACGGGCAAACCCUUGGACAUCUGUGCGCCAGGACGUUCGACUUUGGGGUUCAUAUACUGAAACUUCUUGUUGAGCACGGUAUCGAUCUAGUCAAGAGGGACUAUGAUGGAAGAACGGUGCUACACCGUGCCGCCAUAUGCGGCUCCCUUACUGAACAAUCGCUGCAGUUUCUAGUUAACGUCAUCGGCAUUCAGGCAGACGAAGAAGACACAUUUGGUCGAACUGCUUUGCAAUACGUUACUGAGCUAGCUGCAGAAGAUCGCAGCCUCAACACCUGGGACUCCAAACGUUAG